GUCACCGAAGCGUGCAAUAAUCUACCUAGUGCAUGCUAUCGCUAGCGCUAGCAGUGGCAAGAUGAAGCACUUUAUAGCAGCCUGUCUAGUCCUCUCUACACUGUCAUACAUCGACUGUAUGACGCUCCUGCGAUCUUGCAAAGAGCCCUUCAGGAGUAGAAAAGCACCAGCAGAGACCAUUCACAACUACAUGAUUGUGCAGCCUGUCAUCACUAACGUAGUGGAUGGACGUAGCCAGGGUCACGAUGGCUCUCAUCCGUUGAUGUUUACAUUUACUGUAAAUGAGGUCUCAGUGCAUCUAACUCUGAACAAGGAUUUAUUUCCUCCCCACUUCACAAGCAAGCACUUCAACGAGCAAGGAGAGCCUGUUAUAUCAAAAGGUCAUGUGAACUGCUUCUACCAGGGCUGGGUGGAGGGUCACCCAGAGUGGAGAGCCACAAUGAGCACCUGUACAGGAUUAAAGGGCUCAUUUGGAGACUCAAGUAGUGCAGACCAGUUCUUCCAUAUUGAACCCCUGGACCCAAGUGGCACUCAGCAGCUGGAUGCACUGGGACUCCAUGCACUAUACCUGGAGUCAGAGUUCAAAACCAGAGAGAUAGGUUGUGGAACCCCUCACUCUAACCACAGCUCCCUAGAUGGGUUAGCAGCUGAUCUCCCCGCAAUAGAUGAUGCCAAACUUAGAUUGAAGAGACAGAACAGUCUUGGUGAGCUGAUAGUAGAGUGGGCAGUCAUCAACGACGAGCGUCAGUACAUGCAAUAUGUUACAGUGGAUGCGACUGUGGAAAGGUCUAUGGAGCUCACCAACUACCUUGAUAUGCUGUACAGAGAAGAGUAUAGUAUUCGCAUUGUGCUGACCUAUGUUGAGACAUGGAACACUGGAGACAGAAUUGCGAUUGUUUCCGACUCAUCUUUACUCCUGGACAACUUCGAGGCCUACAACAUAUUGAGCCACAAGGACAGUGCCAUGCUCUUCACGAGCAUCAACAUUGACGGUAACACUGUAGGUAUAGCCAAUGUAAGAGGGAUGUGCAGUAGGCUUCGAUCGGUGGGGCUCACUGAAGACAGGGGCAGGAGUGUGGAGAGUACUGGAGCCAUUGCUGCCCACGAGUUGGGACACAUCUUCAACAUGGACCACGAUGACUCACCCAGAGCAUGCACGUGUAAUGACCCGACAGGGAACUGUAUCAUGGCUUCCGUGUCAGGGUCUAUUCCAUCCACUCGCUGGUCCACCUGCUCACAAGAAGACCUCGAUGCAGGCUUCACAAUAUACGGUCUCAACUCUUGUCUGUUCAACGAGCCAGCGGCUAUUUUGGGAGAGGGAGUGUGUGGGAACGGACUCAGAGAGACAGGGGAGGUCUGCGACUGUGGCACUCCAGAGAUCUGCACUGAUCCCUGCUGCAAUGCCACCUCCUGUCAGCUGAUAGAUGGGGCUGAGUGUUUCUCCGGCUCUUGUUGUGACAGCUGUCAGCUCCGUCUCUAUGGCACCACUUGUCGUGAGUCCACCCAGGAGUGUGACAUCACGGAGUAUUGCUCUGGUGACUCCUCGGACUGUCCCGAGGAUUUCAGAGUUCAGGACGGACAGCUUUGCAACAACAACGACUCGUAUUGCUUCUCUGGUACUUGUCUCUCGUAUGAUUCUCAGUGUCAGAUCGACUUCAACACCAAUAAAGGUAUAGACCAGUGCUACUCAAGGAACCUGGCUGGUAAUCAAUUUGGCAACUGUGGCCACGAUCCCUCCCAAAACCAAUAUCUCUCAUGUGCAUCAGGAGACGAGAUGUGUGGUCUCCUCUACUGUGAAUUUGGGGAAUUUACCAACCCGAACAACAUCUUCACCACCGUCAUCACAGUUUCAAACAGAGAUGACAAUCGAGUGUCUCACCAGUGUCGUGGCUCAGUUACCCCGACAUCAUCAGAUGCUGUAAAUCCCGGACUGGUUGAUGAAGGCACAAAGUGUGGAGACGAAAUGGUGUGCUUCCAACGACAGUGUGUGCCCUUGACCAGCCUGAACAUCCCUCCUUGUUCGGUAGGAAGCAAUGGACUCUCCUGCUCUGGAAACGGGGUAUGCAACACUGACAAUAUGUGUUCAUGCAAUGUUGGCUCUGGUGGGUCUGUCUGCAGUGAGUUUAUCGAUGUGCCUGGCGGAGGAGCAUCAGCGUCAGGUGGGGCGAUAGCUGGGGGUAUCAUUGGAACCCUCCUUGUGCUUGCUCUGAUCGUUGGGGCAGUGGUUGUCACAGUAGUGCUGAUAAAGUUUUACAAGGACGGAAAGUACACCCCAUCACACAGAGGCCGAUCAGUAAACGGUCACACCACUACUAAACCUGUCACAUCAGUUAGUGUGGUACGGUCCAAUAAGCUAACUCCCUCUCCAGCGGCAACAAGACCUCCCCCACCCUCACGUCCUCCCACUACUCCCUCCACACGUCCAGCACCCUCACGCCCACCACCCUCACGGACGGCACAACCCAGAGGACCAGCUUUCAAACCUCCUCCACCCACGGCUAAACCACCGUCUAGACCAAUACCUGCCUCAAGAGAAGACCCACCUCCGCCCUAUAAUGCCAACCACCAGCCACCAAUUAAGCCUGCACCGAGGCCCGGAGUGCCUGCUACAAGGAGGCCUCUUGUUCCUCCCAAGCCUUGAUUGAACAACCAACUUUUGUGAUAUGAAAUUGUAUUAUAAUUAUUAUUAUUAUAGAACAUAGUUCAUUAGUAUUCAUUUUUUACUCAGGCUUUUUGUGAAUUAAUGUGACUCUAUAAUUAUUUAUUUAUUUA